AUGUUAGGUUAUAGUUUCAUAUAUACAUUAGAUGAUGGGUUAAGAUUAACAUCAGGUUAUUGUUCAAGAUUAACAUUUGGUCAUGGUUUAAGAUUAACAUCCAGUUUUGAUUCAAGAUUCACAUUAUGUUUUGCAACAGGUUAUGGUUUGAAAUUAACAUUAGGUCAUGCAUCAAAAUCAAUGUUAAGUUAUGAAUGUGUUAACAUCAGUCCAUAUAAAAAAAGAAGAUAA